AUGGCUAAGAAGAUUGAAAGCUCCAAGAAAAAGAGACUAUCUGCGCUGGUAGUUGAUGAUAGUCGUGUCUGCAGGAUGAUUCAUGAUGCAUACCUUACGAGGAAUGAUUUUGAAACUUAUACUGUUGAAAACGGUAGGGAAGCGGUUGAUCUUAUUCGUUCUGGGGAACAGUUUGAUGUCAUUUUCAUGGAUUUGGUGAUGCCGGUUAUGAACGGUUUCGAGGCUACUAGAGAAUUGCGAGCAAUGGGAGUGACAACCAUGAUUGUUGGAAUAGAUUGUCCAAUUGAUCUCAGGGAUGAUCCUAUACAAGCUGGUGUGGAUCGUGUUUAUGAGAAGCCCCUAACAGAGGAGAUCAUCAUAUCUGUUCGUCAAGCCCUUCAAAGCAACUACAAUAUCUAG